AUGCUUGCCCAAAACCGGAUCCAACGUAAGCUAAGAUACCUGCGUAUACGCCAGUGUCAUGCUGAGACCUCACGCCGCCAAUGCUUAUUUCGUCCCUAUCUAGCCUUCUCCGACAUUGAGAAGAAGACAACUUACGUCGCCUUGAGUUACUGCUGGGGGACCAAUCCCAACCCAUCCGGGCGCACGACAGAUGCGAACAUCAAUGAACAGCUCGAAUGUAUCAAAGUUGGAUCCCUUCCCAAGACCAUCAGAGAUGCUGUACUCGUAGCACGCGGCUUGGAGGCCCCGUAUCUCUGGGUCGACGCGCUAUGUAUCAUCCAGGGUAAUGCUCGAGACUGGCAGCUGGAAUCCGCUGAGAUGGCAGAUAUCUACUCAAACUCGUACUGCACGAUUGCAGCAACUACCGCAGAGAACAGUGAUCAGGGCUGCCUAGGAAGCCAUCCGCUUUCAGAGCAGCCAUGUCAGCUCUCCUGGGAGGCUACGGACCUCCAGGAAAAAUCCUCUAUCAUCAUAUAUCCGGAGAUAAUAACUCCCAAUAGGGUCGAGAUGGUCCCGGCUGGAAGCGUACUUACCACGCGAGGAUGGACGCUUCAAGAGAUGAUACUGUCACCCCGCGUCCUUCAUCAUACCGACAUCGGUAUCCUCUGGGCCUGCAAGACGAUGCAUGCAUCUGAACAAGAAACAGGACUGGUCCCAGCCGCCCCUGAUCCAUUCGCAGAGGUAAUCCAUAUGUUGGACGAGCACCAAGUCUUUGCACAGCCAUACAAGGACUGGAGGAAGCACAUCGGAGACUUCACGCGUCGCAACCUCACCGUCGUGACAGAUCGACUACCAGCUCUAGCAGGUCUCGCAAAGCGACUGAAGGAGAAAACCGGCGCCACGUAUCUAGCGGGAAUAAGCACCUCUCACAUCGUGCCCAACUUUGAGAUAGGAGUACUCGUCCCCGCCAGCGGCGAUACUCUCAUCGACACCGCCACCGCGGCCAAAAUCUCGGAGAAGAAGCAGGCGGCCACGGAGAAGCCACAGAACGGCGGGUGGGAGGUCCUGCAGAAGAAUUUUGAGAAGACCAGGAAAGUCUUCAGGCUUCUCAAAGCCGAGGUCACGGUGAAGGGAGAGAACCCGCUGGGCGAGGUGAGCGACGGCUUUCUUCAAAUCGAAGGCAAGGUUGGCUUAAUCCAGACCAGAUGCGAAAGCGAGCUGUCGGGUGAAGACUUGCGCGAGCUUGGCCAGGGCUUCGAUAUUGGCGGGCUUCGAGUGGGACUGUGGGCAGUCGACGAGCAAGCAAGCACUGCCAAACCGGUUGGGGCGUGGUCGCCAGACUGCGAGAUGGCGGGGGACUCUUGGGGCUUGAUGCAUUUUCUUCAGGUCACGCAGCUCGGGGUAGGCUUGGUUUUGAGGCUGGUUGGACCUGGUGAGACCUUUGAGCGUAUUGGGUUGGGUCGCUUGACUGAACAGGCUCUCUGCAGGCUUGAGACGAGGGUCGUUACGAUCGUUUAA